AUGGCUGCUAAUCCUUCAGGACCAGUCUUUCAGAACAAAGCCCGAGUGCAAAUAUUGGCUGAGCUGGAGAAAGAGAGGAAGCGGUUGAUACAGAAUCAGUCUGUGAGCACUCCAGGAGCCAGCAUCUCAAUAUCUCGUCACAACACGAAGGACUUCCGGGAUAGUGCAGAGCAACAGCAUAUCGUCGCCCAGCAGAAAGCAGCCUUGCAGCAUGCACACGCACACUCGUCAGGCUUCUUCAUCACUCAGGACUCAUCAUUUGGUAACCUCAUUCUCCCUGUGCUGCCACGCCUGGCGCCUCAGUCAUGA